UGUCCACACACACAUUUCUGUUUCAAUAAGGUUGAAAAACAGAUUAAUUAUUUAUCAAUUUUAAUCUUUAUUUCAUACGGGAUUGUGAUCAUAAUUGCGUGCAUUACCUUAAUGAUCGUGGUUACUUCAUAGAUGUUAUUGAGUCAAGGCGCAGGAAUAGUUAGUAUGCGUUUGAUAUGCAAAUGCAUAGUUGGUAAUGCAACUGUCUAUGUGCAAGAAUAUCUUGUAGAUUGAAUUCGUAAAAAGAAGAAUCAGAAAUGCCCUGGAGUCGGCCAUCUUCAGUUCCCGUGGGAAAAGUCUGGUAUAGAUUCAGAGGACAAGAUAAAAAUGGACAACCGGGUAAGAUGUAUCAAAUACGAGACAUGGAACCAACGGACAGAAAGCGUUGCUUAGACAUGAUGGAAGAUACAUUUCUGAACGACGAACCGCUCUGUCAAAUUCUAGAUAUUAAAUCGGAUAUAGAAUCGGUAACAACGAUCAGGAACAACUGGGAGAGGUUCGCUGAUCAGGGGAUAUGUAUCGCUUGUUACACGGAGGAAAAUGGCGCGCCUCAAGAGCUGGUUGGCUUUAACAUUCUUGUUGUUAAGACUAAAGAUGAUGAAGAAGAGGAUAUAGAUAAUGUCGCAGGUGAAGCGUGGAGGAAACUUUUAAAGACAUUAGUAGCUGCUGAGAAGUUAGUGGAUGUCUUUAAAUAUUACGGCGUGGAUAAGUACUUGACAUCUAGCGGACUGACAGUACUACCUGAGCACCGAGGACAGAACAUCGGCGCGAAAAUCAUUGCGGUUAGGGAAGCAAUCUGUAAAACCUUCGGUAUAAAAGCAGCGGCGACUGUAUUCACGGCUAGUAGCUCACAGGUGUUAGCCGCUAAGUGUGGAUAUCACCAACUAGCUGUGCUACCUUACGAGAAUAUGUUACCUAAUGGCAUUGACCUCUCCGGCUGUGAUACAUCGAGUGCUAUCCUCAUGGCGAGAACAUAUUAGUUUCAAAUUUUCAGAUUCACGAUAUCCUAUUUCGACCUUUGAUGAAAAUAGUUCAUGUCUUAUGUAACUUUUUAAGUUGUAUUUGACUUGACUUAUUUUUGUAGUUGAAAAUAAUUUUAGAAGUAACUACCACACGCAUUGAUCUACAUAGAGAUACUGAAGUGGUAUUUUAUGUCUAUUUGAUUUUCGCCAUUUUAGUGCUAACGGUUGGUGAGUGGUGAGAAUUCGAUCUACUGAUACCAAUAUUAUAAAUGCCAACAUUUUAGAUGGAUGUGAGAGUUUAUAGUCUAAACGGCUGAACGGAUCUGGAUGAA